AUGUCAUCUUUAUCUGGGGAGCCUCUCUCUUUUUGGGAGAAGGCCGAUCGCGUUGCUGGCAAUAUUUCUAUCCUCGGGGCUGUUUUGUAUAGUGUCAUCUCUGGUGUUUUCCGGGGUAAAAGCGGAGCGCAGACAUACAACCUCCAUAUCGCUCAUGCUGCAGUUCGAAAGGCAGUGCGUCGCCUGUCGACGCGACAACUUCAAUCCCAAAACCCAGCAACCAUCCAAGGCUAUGAGAUGUACAUGAAAGGGCACAACCUCACACCGGAAACGGUCGCCCUCAACCAUGGUGCAACAGGUCUCUGGAUUGGAGACAGGGAUGCUAAGGACGUCGUUGUUUACUACCACGGUGGUGGCUUUGCCCUUCCGCCAGUCGCGGGCCACUUUGCCUUCCUCUCUACACUCAUCGACGACCUAAACAAGAACGGCCACAGCAUCGCCAUCUUCUUCCUCGCCUAUACUCUAUCCCCGCCCGCGGAGUACCCAACGCAACUGCGCCAGGCCGUCGAAGCCCUCAGGUACACUCUCACGCAGGACGCCCGUGACCCUUCCAACGUGGUUGUCGGAGGAGACUCUGCAGGCGGAAACCUAGCCCUCGCCGUCCUCUUGCACCUUACACACCCGCAUCCCGAGAUUGAUCCCAUCUCGCUGCCGGACGGCGCUGAACUUGCGGGUGUGUUUGGUUUUGCGCCGUGGGUAUCUUUCGCACUAGAUGGAGAAUCUAUCAAGGCAAAUCGCUAUAAAGACGUCAUACCCGAAGAGGGCCUGAAGGUCUGGGCGGAGUCGUAUCUGGGAAAGCGGAAAGAAGGAGAUGCGUGGAGUGAGCCAGCAAAGGCACCACUGGAGUGGUGGGUUGGUGCAAAGGCGAAAAGGGUGCUAAUUCUUGCGGGAGGAGAUGAGAUUCUGUUUUCUGCUGUUGAGGAGUUUGCAAAGAAGCUUCAGUCUGUGCUACCGCAAACUACUUAUAUUGUGGGCUAUGGGGAAACCCAUGUAUCAACUGUCUACAGCGGGACUGGAAUGGAUCAGCAGGCUCGCGGUCUGAGGCAUUGGCUAGGCGCUCAUCUGUGA